GCAGUUCCAAAAGGCUCUCUGGGCAUGGGAUGGAGGCGAGCUCGACAAAGAUAGCACAGGGGUCGCACGCCGGGUACAGAACCUUCUCGAGAUUAUCUAUCGCAUCCUUGAGCUUGCUGGACGUUACGAUCGUCCUUCAUUACACACAUUGCGGGACCUUGACGUGUGCAGGAAGGUUUAUUUACGAGGGAGGUCAUCCGAACAAAAAAAUGCCUCAGUUUCAUUGGCAGCUCUGCGAAAGGUCCUGCGAUUCACGUUGGCUGCUGCCAAUGUUCUUCGGGACCCUGCCCAGGUGUGGGAUAAACAGUCUUGCUGGAGAGGCGAAUCGCACUCGCCAGAAGACUUCGACUGGGUGGUGGACUACUUCGACUUCAUCUAUUCCGACGAUUAUGAAGCGGCAUAUGACAUCCUUUUGCUACUGGGUAGUAUGGGGGUGUGCUGCAGUCCAGCUAAACAACAUCUAUUCAUCGAAAAGCUCAUCGCCUGCAUGGACAGUAACAUGCCUGACCAUUUACGCCAUGCCGCUCUUCGCGCUACUUACGGUGCACGAGAAGAAAUAGCCUCGAUCGAUACCAUUGAUGAUGCAGGGCUACGGGACAUGGUUUUGACCAAGCUAUCCCUUGCUAUUUUGUCGGUGCUUUAUCCGCACCCAGGUACAACACCCGCCAAUGAUGAUCCUGACAACUUUUUCGAUUAUGGUCGCGACUUGUGCUAUGUCGAGCUGGUCCUCGCCCUCGCAAGGAAUUCUAACUGGC